AUGGGUAGAGGUUUAAAUCAAGAACUUGGUCUUAUUAAAGCCGGUGAUACUCGUUGGGGAUCUCACUACAAGUCGUUUGAAAAUUUUAUUAGUAACUUUGCCUCUAUUAUUGAUGUACUUGAUUCUUUUGUUGAAAAUGCAAGAAUCACAAAUGAUCUUAAUGGGUCAUUACAGAAAAAGAAACAGGAUAUUGCUAAUGCCAUGAUUCUUGUCAAACUACAAAAACUUAAUGACCGUUUUAAUAAGGUGACAAGUGAUUUGCUUAAUGGUGUAGCUUGCUUGAAUCCAAUUGAUACAUUUUCUAGUUUUGACAUCCAAAAGAUAUUGGCGAUGGCUAAAUUAUAUCCUGAUGACUUUGAUGAGUUCAACAUGAGGAUUCUUGAGAAUCAACUUGUUAAUUAUAUUAUUGAUGUUCGUGAUAUUGAUAAAAGAUUCUCUAAUUUAGGCGGACUUGGAGAACUUUCAAGAGAGUUGGUUGAGACAAAGAAGCAUUUAACCUAUCCUCUUGAAUUUCUUUUAGUGAAGUUUGCUUUGCUUCUAUCCGUUGUCACUGCAUCAGUUGAAAGAGUUUUUUUCGACAAUGAAGUAUAUCAAAAAUGA